GUGGAAUGUUACUGUGACAUAAUAAACAAGAUUUGAAGAUAUCAUCAUGUCGGAUGAUAUCCCAGCCAAACGACGAAAAAUUGGGACAGAAGAAGACCCUUGCUCUUCCAAAGGACGUUAUUACGAUGAGUUUGAAGGUCUAAAAAACACCAUUGUUCGGCAUUAUCUCUCUGAAAAUACCAAACUGACGCUAGGGCCAUUUUUUCAAAAGGAAAAUCCAGACCUUGAUGACUUUUACGUUCCACCAACACUUUCUAAAGUUUUGCCAGUGAGGUUGGCUACUGGAUAUACCAGUUACAAAAAAGAACCUAUAACAAGUCUAGAGCAACUAUUGAACCCACUUGACAGGCGCAAAAGAUUUACCUGCAUCACAUCAAAUGCUGGAUUGGGCAAGACCUCGUUCUGCAAAUUUUUAGCUCGAUUAUGGUGUGCUGUAAAGAAAAACGACCAUCACCUCUUGGAUGCAUUCAAAGGGAAGGCGGAUUACUUGCAAGACGUAGAAUACUUAAGAAAGUUCGACUACCUCUUUUCUGUCAGCAUUAAAGAUGUCGAAAGCAACAAUGUGAAUAUAGACGAUAUUAUAUUUAGCCAUCUGCAAAACAAAAUCGAUGAUUCAUGGGUAAGUGAAAACGACAAAAAGAAACUACAACAAGACUUGAGAGAGAAGCACAGUUUAAUCAUAUUAGAUGGUUUAGAUGAGAAAAACAUAUCAAAGUUCACGCCUCCCCUUGAAUCUAGGAAAUACACAAUUAUUUGUACUUCUCGUCCUUGGAAACUUGGCGCCUUGGGCAUGUCUACAUCGACAUACACAGAAAUCCAGCUUGAGGAAAUGAACUUGGAAUGUACACACAAACUUUUAAAACAUGCCAAUGUUUGCCUGAAUAGUCAGUCUGUAAUCAAGCGUGAUAUUGGUGCCUUUUUUACUGUUCUUAGAGAACAGAACUUGGAAAGUCUUUUGCCAAAUCCACUCAUAGCCUUGCAAUUACUCUGCAUUUAUCACGAUCGAUAUGACAUGAAUAAAACAGGAACAAAACCAUUCUUACUAGGACAGACACGAACACAUAUGUAUGCCAACGUAGUCGAUAUGAUGUUAAAACUUGCAGUUGAGAAAGAGCUAGAAUGUUUCGAAGUGUUGUGCGAAUUUCAACAAGAUAAAGAUGAUCUACCAACGGGUUUUGAUAAAACUAAAAUAUGCAACCGCAUACCAUCAUUCGUCCUCAGUCUUGGAAAGUUAGCAUUUUACGACAUAAUGCGACAAUCUGAGACCGAAAUGACGGAGAGUUUUGUCUGCGAAUAUUUUCACGACAAACUGAAACAAAUCUCAAUAAAAUUUCUUUUAGCAUCUGGUCUCAUAUCGGGAUCUGUCUCUAACCUAUUUAGUGACAAAUCAAUGGUUUACACAUUUUUGCACAAGACAUAUCAAGAAAUGCUCGCAUGUGUAUACAUUUGUACAAGGCAAUUGAACAGCGAUGAUUGGGAUCGCUUUGAAACAUACUUCAAAGCAAAUGCAUCCCCCGACAUGAUGUCAUUCUUGUGUGUUAUGAACUAUGAGCAAGGAAAGAAGUGUUCAGAAAUGUACAGUGCAAUCGAUAGAGUUUUCUACAGAGAUGGAAAAUAUCACGAGAAUGAAUUGAUCAGUUAUCAGAAUGCUGUGCUUAUGGCCCACGAGGAAUGCAUCAACAGUGGAACACAAACAGCAGAUAUUGUUUUGAAACACAUGAUUAUAGACAGAAAAAACAACAAGGGACCGCCUUGUUUAUUGGUGGCACAAAAUAUGCAGAAUAUUAAUACAUUGCAUUUGAAAUCUUCAGCACUUGGAAGUGACGACCUAGAUAUGGAAUUUAGAGGGAACAAAUUGACCUCAUUACGUACUCUUAUUAUUACUGGUAAUAAUGAUACAUUGAUGCUUGAAACACUAACAGAACCGUCAAGUGAACAUUUACGAUUUCUUUUCAUCAAUGAUGUGGAGUUGAAGAAAAAGCAUGUAGACCUAACAGGCUGCACACAUUUAUCUAAUAUUGAAUUAGAAAAUGUUUGCUUUUCUUCCAUGAAAAUAAAAGCAGACAACUUAGAACAGUUCUGGAUGUAUUUUGAAAACCAAUUCCUACAACAGGGACCCACUAGAGAUCUAGAGCUACAACUACAAGGAAAGUUUUCAGCAAAAUUGAAAGAAUUGAGUGUCAUGCAUGUGAAGCUAAACAUUGCUGCCGACUUGUCUGAGUGUGUAAACUUACAGAAAUUAGUAUUAGAACAUAUUUCUUCUAGUCCGGAAUAUAAUGCAAAAUGUUUUCAAAACUUUGAGAAUUUAACUCAUUUGAAAGAAGUACGAUUAGAUUCAUUACAGUAUCCAAACAAUGCCAUACUGGACUUCUCUGGACUCAUAAAUCUCGAACGACUUAGGAUUGUUAACGUUAAAGUAGACAAAGCUGUCAUUGCGACUGAAAAACUAAGUGAACUAUGGGUAUAUUAUAGUAGACCAAUUGCAAAUACGAUUAAACCACUGAUUGUUACCGUUCCUGCGUCAUCGAACUUUACAAACAAUCUGGAACAGCUUAGUCUUGUUCAUGUUGAACUGGAUGGACAUUUUGAUUUUUCACAGUCAAGUAAAUUAAAGCUGUUAAUAGUGCGCAAUUUGUCUACAAAACAAGGAAUAUCUGUUUUAGAUUCUUUAGCAAACUGUAAUGAUCUAGAAGAGCUACGCAUUGAAACAUUGAAUUCGUACGAGAAUAAGGUACUAGACAUGUCACAUAUGACGAAUCUCAAAUAUUUGUAUAUCGAUGUGCUGACCUUAAACGUACAGAUUGUGAAUAUCCCAACUGAAAGUUUAGAAAUAUUUUGGACGUUCACUUCCGAACCGAAACAGCAAUUACGUCCACAAAAAGAGCUCCAUCUUCCAGAACACGCUCAAUUCACCAGCAGCAUUUGUGAAUUAAGUCUAGAGAAUGUUCAAUUGGCCUUGCAUCGGGAACGCCCAGGUGCAAGCCUUCCAGUGAAUAACGUCAAAGAAAUCUACCGCCCGCUCAAAGGUCACGUGCACAUCAACAUAGAGACGACAACAAAGCGAUUAAGGAAUAGUUUGAUAAAACCUUCAACAGAACGACAUAGGAGACUGACGUGGACCUUUUCCCCGAACAACAUUGGGCAGUCAAAGUAUCGCCCCCUCCCCCUCACCUCGCCCCGGCAGACCCCAUUUCCGGAACUCCACGUCUUCCUGAUAACAGUAUUACUUGAGUGUGAACCCUUGCAGGAACUGACAACAAAACCUAACGCCCACAAGGAUACGUACACAUACAUAACUGAACCUUUACGUCUGUUGCUGAACCCCUUUCCUGACGCUAUUCAAAAUUGUGAACUUUAA